AUGGCAUGCGUAGAGUUGGCAUGGUGGCUACCGGUAGCCGAUGUUUACCUGGUCUCGCUCCUUUCCCCCGACUUUCCACGGCUCCAUGCACUGUACUGUGUAGACACCGACACCAACACCAACACCCUUGCCUCGCUUCGCUCUACGCGAUCAUGCACCGAAUCCUUCCCUCCUCAGGCUACACAAUCGUCUUUAGACGAGACAACGAGGACAAGAAAAAAAAAGGGUCUCGUCAGAUCCAAGGGCGGAAUUAACGUACACGGAACAUUACAGGCACUCGGUUUCAACAAAUGCAUUGAGAAGUGCGCCUCGAAAAGAAAAGAAAAAACAAUAGCCGCAUAG